AUGUUGUUCUCAGAGAUAUACAAAUCACCUCGCUCGCCGCUAUCCAAGUUCCGCCUGUCCAUGUCACAGCAGCCUCUGACCCUGGACCUGCCCGACUACGACCCCGAUUUGCUUAGCAGAGACAAGCACAAGCAAAAGGAAGCCGUCAAGAAGUACCUGGCCGCCAAGGUUCGCAACGACUGGGAGUUUGUUUGGCCCCCAGUCGCCUCCUGCCCGCAAAACGAUCAUGUGCCGCCCGCUGCCGAUGCGCCGCCCGAAGGAGAAGGUGUAGAUCAGGUGCAUCAAGAAACCUCUGAUCUCCGAGCUGAGGCGGCGGCGGCAACAUCACAAGACGAGGCUGUAGAGUCAAUGGAAAGCGACGAGGACGACGAGGAAGAGGAAGACAGCGACGCCGACUCGGUGUACAGCACUGUCUCAGAGGACCUAGCCCGCUUCAAGCCCCGUCUGGAAUGGGUGUCUGACUUGUCCGAUGAGGAACCGCCCGUGUCGCUCUCCCCAUUCCGCUUCGAUAGCCCCGACGCGAUUGGCGCAGCUGUGAAGGCAUCUGUGGCAGACAAGCGUGCGCGGAGGAGGCGAGCCAUUCGCGAGGAGAUGGCAUGGAAUGAAGGUCUGGCCUGCUUCGAGGCAAGACGCAAUGUCUGGACAGGUGCCAGGACAGUGCGAGUGCGCACCAAACCCGUCUCCCCAACGCAGACUUUCUCCCCUCUAUCCCCUCGCCGUCUAUUCUUCCGUACUUCCUUUUCCUCGGGCCAACCGUCGCCAACGCCGCCUUUGCAUUCCUUGCAGCAACGGCCCAGUAACGAGGCCACCACCGCCGUGUCGGACGGCUCCGACCUCUCUAAAGACCCAUCCAAGGAACUCACGGCCCAAAAGUCCAAGGAAUCCCACAAGUCAGCUGCAUCCCCCGCGUCGACGACGUACCCCAUCGAGACCAUUGUACCCCUCUCUGCGCCACUCCUCCCGCCAGGCAACCCAAUGCGCGCCUCCAUUACCCCAGCUGUAUAUAUGUCGCUGUAUGAGAAGGUAAUAGUCCACGCCCUCACACCGUCAUGCCCUGUCAACCUAUCAGACAUGAUCCGGGCCUGUGUGGUGGGUUGGAAGCGGGACGGUGAGUGGCCGCCAAGGCCCUCAGCUGCAGAGCCCGGCAUCGUGGCCGUGCGGCGUAAGAAGAAGUCAGCGACGGAAGGCCAGGGCCAGAAUCAUACUCGUAGGAUGAGCUUUGGUUUUCUGGGCAGGGGUGAGAAGGCAGACAACCACGAUGAGAGUGCUGGGAAGGGUAUUAGGAAAAGCCUGCAAAAAGUCCUCGGCAUCGGGCACCAUCCUGCCUCGGCUGCCCCUGCAGCUGGGAACAAUGGCCCCGCAGCGAACGGGAAAGAUGCGGCCAUUCCCUGA